AUGAGCUCCGCUGCUCACGCGUGCGCUGCUGCUCGGGGGUUUUCGAUGGUGGUGUCGUUGAAGGGUGGUGGUAGUGCUGGUGGUGGUACUCGCGGGGGCAAACGCAGGAGCGGAUGUCAAAAUUUUGGGAAAAUGGCAUCCUCGAUGAUUUGGAGCCGCCGUCGCGACGACGAUUGGAGACGAGGACGAUUCAGACGACGAGGACCACGGCGUGAUGUUUUUACUAUUCUUCGGGCGAAGAAAGAGGAAGACUUCGUGAAGGAAAACGUGGACAACGCGGCGAAGGUUUUAGAUUCCAUCAUAAAAGAAACCGUGGAACAGAUAUUCGUGGACGAAGUUUCCGAGGAAGUGUUUGAGGAGGUGGACGAAUUGAGCAACGACGACGAAUCCGAAUCGGCUUCGAAAUCGUUCGAGAGAGAAAAAAGACGAAGGAAAGAGAUGGAAAAAGAACAAAUGCGCGUGAGGAUAUUAAAAUCGGUGGUGAAAUCAAAGUUUAACGAGUUAGAUGGGACGUUUUUAUCCGUGCUAGGGGCGUAUAUUAAGCAAGCGGAGAUGAAAGACGACAUGCCGUUGCUCUCGCUUUUGCAAGCGAUUAAGGAGGAGACGUUGCAAGCGGUCACGGUUGAGAUGCAACCGGAGAUGCAGGUGGUACAAUUAGUCGCGCGGUUAAUGCGAGCGGAAGAUAGAGCGGAGGUUUUAAAGAUUGCGCAUAAAGGCGGUGGACGUGCGAAGUGCUUGAAAGUGUACGAUGGGGUAGUCGAAGAUCCCACCGCAGAAGAAGAAGAAGGAAAGGACAAAGAGGACGAAACGUCGCGAGAAGAUUACGUACCAAAAGCGGACAUCGACGAAGUCGAAAGAGCGGCGGCACAGUUGUGCGACGAGAUGGAGUUGAGAGAAGUUGUGCCGUCGUGGGAUUUGUUGUACCAAAUUAUUCUGGCGAGAGAAUCCGCGAGACAAAUGUCUCCCAAAUCGGACAAGUUGGGCGUGUACUCCGAGAUUGUCGUUUCGGGAGCGUUUGCGCCUUCAGAGUUGCCGAAAGCCGAGGCGGCAUUGAUUCGGAAACUCGUACAAACCGACGAUGCGAAUAAACGACGAGAGAUGUUGUUCGAAGCCAUGGAAUCCGCGCGGAUUGAAAACGAGAAAGCAUCCGAAGAAGCGAGGAAACAACACGAGGAAGGGAAAAUUAAACUCACGAAAACCACUCGCGGAUUUAACGAAAGAGAAGAAGAAAUCACCGACGAAGAGUUGAUGCUAAAAGAUUUAAGGCCGGGGAGAAUGAUUGAUUGUUUGAUCAAUUUACGGUGUUCACUUUUAGACGACGAGAGGGUGAAGGAGAGAGGCGAACAGGCAGUCGUUGCGGAGAGAAUGGCGGUUAUGUAUUUCGAAGUGUGCGAUCUCGUGUUGAAAAACGCCAACGGCGGCAUUCUCCCAACGAAUAGAAGUAGUAGUAAAAACAAUAGCAGCGCCUCAGGAGGGGGAGCCGCGGGUGCGAGAUAG